UAUAAUACCCUUAAUUACUUAUUGCGAUUCUACUAUCAGUGAAUUGGCAAUUUAAUGAUAUUAUUAAAUAAUUUUAACAAUCCAUGCCACUUACAAUGAGAUUUAAUAUAUAGCACAGUCCCUCUGUUUAGAACUGCAAGAUAGUUUUCUAACCUGGCAUUUGAGUGAUGUCUUUAUGUUAGCAUCACUGGUUUUCAAGUAAAGGAUUCUAUUAAGGGUAACUUCUUUAUAAAAACUUAGUGAAAAUUUAUCCAUUUUGUAGAUUUCCAAAUGAUACGGUUACAAGCAAAAUGUCAAUGACUAUGCUCCACAUCAGAGUUUAGAAUCCAGCAUCUGUUCUUGUACCUUUCAGUAUUAAGGAGUUAGCAUUGAAGAGUAGUAGAUCAGGCCUUUUAAAAUAGCAUAUGCUUUGAAUUCUUGGUAGUCAGCAGUUUCACAUGGUCUACAUAGUAUUGCUGGACAGGGCCUGAGUCAUGCCUGUAACUGGUUUAGUCAGACUAAAAUAUGUGUAGUAGCUCUUUUGCCUGAUGCUUGAGAUGCAGCUUUGUAACUAUUUUUGCUUCUCAUUUCAGUUUUCCAAACCCUAGAGAUGACUUUUCAUUGUGUUCAAUGACUUUACAGGUCAUUCCUGCUUCUGGGAUCAAACUCUAUGUUGUGCUUAAGAAAUGUGUCGCAUCAGACACAGUGAAUCACAAGACAGAGAUAUUUACAUAUUGCAUAAAUAUUUUAUUAGAUUUCAAGGUGUGUUUCAGUUAUGACACUGAAUCUUCCGUGUGUACAUUCCUAAUAUUGCAGGGGUUAAAGGAGGGUUAUAUAGUUAACCAAAGUUCAGUAAAGUUCAGAACCACUCUUACCAUUAUUUUAUUUUGCCUUUCAAAUAAUUGUAUACUUAAAAUACUUUGUAUUCUUAUGUAAAAUAUAUGUACAAGAUGACCAUAUAUACUUGGACAUAUCUGGACUUCAAAUUUGCUAGAACUUAGUUGCGUCCCAAGCUGGCUAGUAUCUGGACAUUCAUCAUUUCUGUUUGGAGGGUAAGAAUGCUCAUUCCCUGGCUGCUUUACUGGAGAGGAUCAGGUGUGUUGCUUGAACUAAGACUUUGUCCCUGCCAUAUCUAACUUCUCUGCGCUCCUGUGUCCUGGCUGUCAUCUGAAAAUUGUUGCAGAUCAUUUGAGUUUUUGUUAGAAUUUUGCUUUGACUUAAGUAAUGAAAACAGUUCAGAAAACUGCACUGAACAAUUUAAUAUAACAACACAGACUGCAACUAAACUACCUGCUGGUACUUUAAUCCUCACAUUGAUCUUAUAGGUACUUUUCUUGUUGGAGAUGAGGAAACUGAGGCUUAGAGUAAUUUGUUCUGACAAGAUCAUAUGGUUAGUAAGUAGCAGAGUAGGGACUUAUCUAGACCUAUGCUUUUAAUUAUGUUUUACUAUCUCCCAGACCUCCCAGGUUUUUGUGUAUGUGUUUUUUUUGUUUGUUUGUUUAGCACAACUGCAAUGUGAUACUUCCUCCUUUGAAAUUAAAAUACAAUAAUUGACUAGGAAAAAAAAAAAACAAAAACCAAAAACCUGGGACAUACACUGCUUCCUUGGACAUUUCCUUCUUAAAGCCUCCCGAGCCACCUCCUCCACACACAAACUCAAUCACAUGCAUCCUCUUUUCUUUCCAUUGAAACUUAUCCCAACUUUGGUCCUAGCAUUUAUCACUGUAUUUCACCAUUUGACCGUAGGUCUUUGAGAACAGUACUUCUUUAUCUCUGUAUGCCCAGCAUGAGGUAGCACCUAUCCAUGUGUGAAAGUGGAAGAUACCUACUAAAAUUGUAUUAAUUAAACAAUUUUUCAUUUUCUAAUGUUAUUCUGUACAGUUAGAGUGCCAAUAUUUGGUGAAAAUGUGAAAAAACUAUCAGACACUGAACAUUUUCUAAUGUUUACAGAAUGAAGAGGAACAGUUUAUCUGUUGAGAAUAAAAUUGUCCAGUUGUCAGGAGCAGUGAAACAGCCAAAACUUGGGUUCUACUCUUCCCUCAACCAGACUCAUACACACACGGUUCGUCUAGACUGGGGGAGUUUGCCUCACCAUGUAGUAUUAUGAAUUUUUCAGUAUCUUCCUUUACUAGAUCGGGCCCAUGCAUCUUCUGUAUGUAGGAGAUGGAAUGAAGUUUUUCAUAUUCCUGACCUUUGGAGAAAGUUUGAAUUUGAACUGAACCAGUCAGCUACUUCUUAUUUUAAGUCCACUCAUCCUGAUCUCAUUCAGCAGAUCAUUAAAAAGCAUUCUGCCCAUCUUCAAUAUGUCAGCUUUAAGGUUGACAGUAGUGUCGAGUCAGCAGAAGCUGCCUGUGGUAUACUCUCUCAGCUGGUAAAUUGUUCCAUCCAGACCUUGGGCUUGAUUUCAACAGCCAAGCCAAGUUUCAUGAAUGUAUCAGAGUCUCAUUUUGUGUCAGCACUUACAGUUGUUUUUAUCAACUCAAAAUCAUUAUCAUCAAUCAAAAUUGAAAAUACACCGGUGGAUGAUCCUUCAUUGAAGAUUCUUGUGGCCAAUAAUAGUGACACUCUAAGACUCCUAAAAAUGAGUAGCUGUCCUCAUGUUUCAUCUAAUGGAAUUCUUUGUGUAGCUGAUCAUUGUCAAGGCCUUAGAGAACUGGCGUUGAAUUAUUACAUGCUAACUGAUGAACUUCUCUUUGCGCUCUCAAGCGAGACUCAUGUUAACCUUGAACAUCUUCGAAUUGAUGUUGUGAGUGAAAAUCCUGAACAGAUUAAAUUUCAUGCUAUUAAAAAACACAGUUGGGAUGCACUUAUUAAACAUUCCCCUAGAGUUAAUGUUGUUAUGUACUUCUUUCUAUGAGAAGAGGAAUUUGAGAUGUUCUUCAAAGAAGAAACCCCUGUUACUCACCUUUAUUUUGGUUGUUCAGUCAGCAAAGUGGUUUUAGGACGGAUAGCUCUCAACUGUCCUCGACUGACUGAGUUAGUGGUGUGUGCUAAUGGUCUUCAGCCUCUUGAUAAUGAACUUAUUUGUGUUGCUGAACACUGUACAAACCUAACAGCCUUGGGCCUCAGUGAAUGUAAAGUCAGCUGCAGUGCCUUCGUCGAGUUUGUAAGACUGUGUGGGAGAAGGCUAACACAGCUCUCUAUAAUGGAGGAAGUUUUGAUCCCUGAUGAGGAUUAUAGCCUAGAUGAAAUUCACACUGAAGUCUCCAAAUACCUGGGAAGAGUAUGGUUCCCUGAUGUGAUGCCUCUCUGGUAAUUGGCUACCAAAGAUUCCGAAAUUGUUGUUGUUUUUUUAGAUCAGUAUGAUUAGCUGCUUUCUAUCUAAGCAAAUGUAAAUUUUAAAAUGUGUUGCUGACAUAUUUUAGGUCAAAUAUUUGAUUGUUUGCAAAGUGUCUUAAUGGAUUGCUGCAGAAACAUUUGAAAAAAAAUAAGAAAUUUGAAAAUCAAGGAAUUGCUGUAAAUAGGGCACAAGCCCUGUAUGUGGAUUAGAUGGUUGAUAUGCCAAAAACUGCAGAUGGUUUCUAAGUAGAUUUCUCAGCUUUCCUUGAAGGCAUAUUGUAGCUUGCUAAGUAAAUGUGUAAUAUUGAACUUGGAUUCCGUAAGUUAUGUCAUUUACUUUAUUACAUUGUUUUAUUUGAUUCUAU